ACCUGCAUGCGAAUCACAUGAAUGCUCUUGUGUGCUCGGUUUCGGUUAUGUACUACUACGUUCAACGCUUGGUGCAUUUUAUUGUCACGUAUUCCUAGACAACACCUAUUACUCUUGUGACACCAAGAUUAAGGAGUCAAAGAGUUCCUCAUGAGAAAAACCUCCAGCAAUAUGGAAGCUUUAAAAAACGUCAGUGAUGUUAUUACAGGACAAGUAUUGCAUCUGAAAAGCACAUUUGUUGUGAUCGGUGGCGGCAUUGCAGGCGUGUCGUGCGCCGAGCAGCUCGCCGUUCAUUCUCCUGAGGAGUCAGUUCUACUCAUAACAGCGUCACCUAUUGUAAAAGCCGCAACGAACGUUGUAAAGCUUCGCAGAAUCAUCGAGAGUUUCGACAUCGAGGAGCGCUCUUUCAACUACCUAGAGCAGCAGUACAGCAACAUCAAAGUGCUUCAAGAUGUGCUCAUCUCCCUGGAGGCCAGUGAACGAGCAACCUUGCUCAAGAGUGGCCGAGUGGUCAGUUACGGAAUGAUCUGUCUUUGCAUGGGUGCAAGACCUCAGUUAAUUUCCAAAGACAACCCACUGGUAUUGGGCAUUCGGGACACGGAGACUGUGCGGAUGCUGCAGAACCGACUUGGUGGUGCUAGACUUGUAGCUGUCAUUGGUAAUGGUGGAAUUGCCACAGAAUUGGUACAUGAAAUGGGUGGCUGCCAAGUUCUUUGGGUUGUGCGGGAGAAAAGCAUUGGUGCUACUUUCUUUGACCCCGGAGCUGCACAGUUCUUUCUGCCACAGCUGAGUGCCGAGAAAAGUGAAAGCACUGCAAGCUCUGCCAUAGCAGAGCAAGACACUGCCGACUGCGGAGACUCCAAGUGUCCCAGCCACGCAAACCAGGAUUCUUUGCCUCCUGGAAGUGCUUUGGGGCCAGACUGGGCCAAAGGUCGUGUUUUGCAAGGUGGAACUCAGAAGAAUGUGCACAUAGAGUACAGCUGUGAGGUACGUCUGUUGCUGACACCUGCCGAAUUUAAACAGAAGUGUCUCGCUGAUGCCAGCUGCGACUUCAAGUGCGGCUCCAACUGGCCCAUCUAUGUGCUCUUGACCAAUGACAAGUGCUUUGGCGUUGACCUCAUCGUCAGUGCAACUGGUGUCACACCCAAUGCAGACACCAUCACUGCACCUCAGUUGGAAGUGGCCACAGAUGGAGGCAUCCUGGUGGACCGUCAAAUGAGAUCUUCACUAGCAGGCGUGUAUGCAGCUGGCGACGUUUGUACAGCAGGCUGGGAGCCUGCGGAGCUGUGGUUCCAGCGGCGCUUAUGGACACAAGCACGGCAGAUGGGCCACUGGGCAGGCACCUGCAUGGCAGCCCACUGGUCAGUCGAGCCUGAUCCCCUUGCCGAUGCCCGUUUCGACCUUUUCUCUCACGUGACACGCUUCUUUGGAUACCGGGUGGUCCUUCUGGGUAUCUUCAAUGGCCAAGGCCUAGCUGACUGCCGUGCCCUUGUGCGCGUGAACCCAGGCCAGGAGUACAUCAAGCUGCUUCUCCAUGACGGAAGGCUCAAGGGAGCAGUGCUGAUUGGUGAUACAGAUCUGGAGGAAACUUGCGAGAACCUUCUGCUUGACCAACUUGACCUGGGUCCUCUUGCUGAUCACCUGCUUGACCCCGAAGUGGACAUUGAAGACUUCUUUGAUUGACCUCUUGUCAAGACACCCACGUCUGCUUGAAAUGACUGGAAAAUGCUCAUUCAUCACUCACAGAACUGUUUCCACGAACAAUGAAGCACAGUCUUCAGCUGGAAAAACAUGACAAGCAAGGAUUGUGCCUUCAGAAACCAUUCGACACCACACAUGGCCGGCUGAUGAGCCUACUACUGUUGCGCGCAGUGCUACACUGCUUUCCAUCACAGGUUUUUCGCUCAAGCGGCCGGUGAUAGGGACCCUGAUGAACCUGGUGUGAGCUUGAGCAUGGCCGCUAAAAUACAGUAUGAAAGUGCCUGUGCAGGCAGAGGUGGUGCUCUUGCCCGCCAGCCGUAGGACCACUUGCAAAAGGGACUGAAGUUUACAUUCACAAGCCACACAUUUCCCCACAGCGCAGCUGAAGGGAAGCCUGCUGCUGAACACCACGCACAGCAUGCGUACGCCAUAAGACUUUGAAUGACGUUGAACACUGUCGCAUGUGUACAGGACGGGACAUUAAAGCUAGUGUUUCUUUUUUUUUCAAGCA